GUCCACUAAUAUUACCCAUAGAAACCCUACCGAGCCUGAUAUUGGAGAAAAAAUGGUUCCUAUAUAAGCAGACUCUGCCGCCGUACAGAAGGACUACAACCCUAGCUCUCCAUUGAGCUCCGUCAUCCUCUUUUAUAGUCUGCUUCACACUCUCUUAUCUUUGACAAACCCUAUCUCUUACCUUUUCCUCGCCGUCAGGUUUUCAGUGGGUUCUGCUUCCUUCUCUGAUCGAAUUGCUCUGCUGUUGUUCUUUAAUUGACUCGAAGUCGUAUCGCUGGUGAUUAAGUGUCUUGAAAGUUAUCGAAGCUGCGAAACGAUGUCGGACGAUGAAAGAGAGGAGAAAGAGUUGGAUCUCACUUCUCCUGAAGUAGUCACCAAAUACAAGAGUGCCGCUGAGAUCGUCAAUAAGUCGUUGCAGUUGGUCGUAUCAGAAUGCAAACCAAAGGCUAAGAUUGUUGACAUUUGUGAGAAGGGAGAUACAUAUAUCAGAGAGCAAACAGGUAACAUGUACAAGAAUGUGAAGAAGAAAAUUGAAAGAGGAGUUGCCUUUCCUACUUGUGUAUCUGUAAACAACACUGUUUGCCAUUUUUCUCCACUUGCUAGUGACGAGACAGUGCUGGAAGAAGGGGACAUGGUGAAGAUUGAUAUGGGAUGCCAUAUAGAUGGGUUCAUUGCUGUAGUGGCGCACACCCAUGUUAUUCAAGCAGGACCAGUGACUGGCAGGGCAGCUGAUGUUAUUGCAGCAGCAAAUACUGCUGCUGAAGUUGCCUUAAGGCUUGUAAGGCCCGGAAAGAAGAACAAAGAUGUGACAGAAGCAAUUCAGAAGGUUGCUGCUGCUUAUGACUGUAAAAUUGUUGAAGGUGUUCUUAGCCACCAACUGAAGCAGUUUGUGAUAGAUGGGAACAAAGUUAUAUUGAGCGUCUCCAAUUCAGAUACACGGGUUGAUGAUGCUGAAUUUGAUGAGAAUGAAGUGUAUGCAAUAGAUAUUGUUACAAGCACAGGUGAAGGCAAGCCUAAGCUGCUGGAUGAGAAGCACACUACCAUUUACAAGAGAGCUGUGGAUAAAAAUUAUCACCUGAAGAUGAAAGCUUCCAGAUUUAUUUUCAGUGAAAUUAAUCAAAAAUUUCCUAUCCUGCCAUUCACUGCCAGAGCUUUAGAAGAGAAAAGAGCUAGACUGGGAUUAGUGGAAUGUGUGAAUCAUGAUCUUCUACAGCCAUACCCUGUUCUUCAUGAGAAGUCUGGUGAUCUAGUUGCUCAUAUAAAAUUUACAGUUUUGCUAAUGCCAAAUGGGUCGGACAGGAUCACAUCUCAUCCUCUUCAGGAGUUGCAGCCCACCAAGACCAUAGACGAUCCUGAAAUCAAGGCCUGGUUAGCUUUGGGUACAAAAACAAAGAAGAAAGGUGGUGGAAAGAAGAAGAAAGCUAAGAAGGGUGACAAAGCGGAGGAGUCGACAGAAGCUGAGCCUAUGGAUGCAACAACAAAUGGGGAUGGAGCCCAAGAAUGAGGAUUAAUAUUUUCUGCCCUAUAUAUAUAUAUAUUUCAGUUUUGGCAGUCUGUUCAUUGUAUCUGGUUAGUUACGAAAUGAUUUUUAAUGGUGUCUUGGACAUUGAUCCCAAUUGAAGUUCCCUGCAUAUUCGAUCUCAUAAAA